AUGGCUGCCCGCCAGCAAGCGCGAUUCAACGGUCCAAUGGAUACCAGUGCCAUGACCGCCUCUGCUAUUGCCCCCGUGGGGUUUGAGGUGAGAUUGAGGGAGCCCACACCCACGGCUCCCACACUGAGAAGACGAGAUAUUCCCGAGGAGUACUCUGUUUCUUGUCAGCCGGACACUACCACCACCUCCUGCUACAACUUCAACAACGGACUCACCAAGGACCAGUGCUCCACCAUCUGUACCAACAUCGGUAAGGACUCCCUGAAGAAGUGUCCGAUCAUCAUUUCUAAACAGGACUGUUGGUGUACGUACUUCAGCGACAAUGCGCAGAAUAUUGCCGAUUGUGUCCAGUGUCUCGGUCUCUACUCUGACAACUUCCUCCUGCUUUAUCCCCUUGUGCUGUCCAACUACGACAAGUGUGGCUAUGCAACAACUGCCAGCACAGUAUGCGAAACCUCAACCCUGGCCGGUCCCUGUUCGUCCAAUCUCAUCAGCAGAUACACCAAGUAUCUAUCUGGAACUUCUCCCACAGAAGUGGCUAUGGUCGACGACGCAGGACUCCCAUUUAUCGAGAAGGUUGUGGUUCCUGAAACCGUCACAGGAAACAGAGAGGGUCUCUCCACACUGACAGAUUCCGGAGGUCAUGCUACUGGACUGGUGGUUGUGGUUCAAAACCCAGACUACAAGGUGUCCUGUGAACCAGACAUCUCCACCACUACGUGUUAUCCUAUCAACCCUGGUUUGACAAAGGACGACUGUACAAAGAAGUGUAACAAUGUUGGACUUUCCAGCGCUCUGUGCGUUGCCAAUCUAGGAAUUGGAAAUUGUUGGUGUGACUCCUUUGAUAAGAACGCACAGGAUGUUGCCGAUUGUGUACAGUGUCUCAGUCUUUACACCGACAACUUCCUAGCAGUUUACCCUUUGGUGCUUGGUCAGAUUGAAAAGUGUAAGAGGGCUACUACUGCAAGUACCACUUGUCACCCUACUGUGCUUGAGGGUGAAUGCACUUCCACUCUUAUCACCACUUACACUUCUAUCAUUCCCGGCCCCUCGCCUCAUGUGACUACUACGGUUGACGCCACUGGAAACCCCUACGUCGAGAAGGUUGUCAUUCCCGAAACCAUUACCGGUGCUCGAACUGGACUUUCGACCAUGAGUGACGCUGAUGGAGAGGCCACAGGACUGGCGGUCAUCGUCCACAACCCAGAUUACUACUACACGUGUGAGCCUGACACUUCUACCCAGAGUUGCGGCGUCAAUUCUUCUGGACUCACGUUCGACUUUUGUUUCAACGCCUGUCUCAAGAUUGGCCAGGGAACUAUCAAAUGUCUGCUUCAGCUCCAAACGUGUUGGUGUGACUUCUUCACUGCCAACGCCAAAAACGUGGCCGAUUGCAUCCAGUGUCUGAGUAUCUUCACCAUUGACCUGCAGGCUUUCCCCGACCUGUUGUCAAACAUUGGUGCUUGUGGUUUCAAGACUACAGCCACCACCGAAUGCUUCAGCUCCACAAUUUACGGCAUGUGUCAAUCCACUCCUAUCCCCCAGUACACUUCUUUCGUAACUGGCGCCACGUCUGGAGGUGCAACCGUGAUUGAUGAGAAUGGAAGACCUUUCCUAGAGGAGACCAUCGUUCCCCAGACUAUCACCGGACUGAAACCAGGCACAUCCACCAUGAGAGAUGACAACGGGGUUCCUACUGGCCUUGUCAUCACUUCGGUGCCUGAGUGGUCUGAAUACUGUGAGCCAGAUACCACGACCGAGAUCUGCCACAUUGUGGACCGUGGAUACAAAGGUCUCGACUGUAACAAUGCUUGUCAGGCUCUUGUUAGUGGCAUAGGCAAAUGUCCUGUUGCUGGAGACUGUUGGUGCAAUUUCUUCGCGGAUAAUGCCCAGAACGUCGAUGACUGUCGUCAAUGCAGAGCUCUGAAUCCUGACAACCUGUUACAAAAGGUCCCAGUUGUAAUGUCCAACAUGGAAAGCUGUGGACUGCCUACUACCGCCAGUUCUUCGUGCGUUACAUCCACCGUGAAGGGAGCCUGUACUUCGCUGUCAGUUCCACCUGUCAAGCCUGAGAUUGUGACCGGUUCGGUCCCGGGAUUCUCUGUGUCCACAGACUCUCUUGGAGACCCUCACGUCAUCCAGACACUGGUACCUUCUACUGUUACAGGCGCCACUGCAGGAACUUCUAGUAUUCUGAACAGCGAUGGAGAUGUCACGGGAGUGGUUGUGACUACUACAGUUCCUUUUGUACCCGACACUGUGAUCACUGGAGCGGUUCCUGGAUCCACCACUUUGGUCGAUGAGGAUGGAAACAGUCACGUCAUUGAAACCAUUGUUCCCACUACUGUAAGUGGAGAUACUCCCGGAACAUCCUCUAUUCUCGACGAUGAUGGUAUUGUUACAGCAGUCAUUGUUACCGAGACCCCACAAUCGGGCUCUGGAGCAGGUGAUGAAGUGGAUACCAUUGUUGCGACUGGGUCUGAGCCUGGCACCCUGACAACUGUUGAUGAGAACGGCAGCACCCACGUGAUUGAGACUCUGGUUCCUUCCACAGUCUCUGGCGAGACUGCUGGUACUUCAAGUCUUACUAACAGUGACGGAGUCGUCACUGGAAUUGAGGUGACUGAGACUGGUGCUCAGACUCCAACUCCGACUCCCGACGUUAUUACCACUGGCUCCAUUCCUGGUACGUCUACAUCUGUUGAUGAAAACGGCAGCACUCACGUGAUCGAGACCCUGGUUCCUACUACAAUCUCUGGCGAGACUGCUGGUACCUCAAGUCUUACCAACAGUGAUGGAGUUGUCACUGGAAUCGAAGUCACCGAGACUGGACCUAAGAUUCCAACUCAAACUCCCGAUGUUGUCACUACUGGCUCCAUUCCCGGUACUUCGACGUCGGUCGAUGAGAAUGGUAGCACUCACGUGGUUGAGACCCUGGUUCCGACUACAGUCUCUGGUGAGACUGCUGGUACUUCAAGUCUUACUAACAGUGACGGAGUUGUCACUGGAAUUGAGGUGACUGAGACUGGACCUCUGACAGGACCUCAGACUCCAACUCAGACACCUGAUGUUGUAACCACUGGCUCCAUUCCCGGCACUUCAACAUCUGUUGACGAGAAUGGCAGCACUCACGUCAUCGAGACCCUAGUCCCCUCGACAGUCUCUGGAGAGACUGCUGGUACCUCAAGUCUUACCAACAGUGAAGGAGUUGUCACCGGAAUCGAAGUCACCGAAACUGGACCUCUGACUCCUACUAAGACUCCCGAUGUCGUCACCACUGGCUCUAUUCCCGGCACUUCGACAUCUGUUGACGAGAACGGCAGCACUCACGUCAUCGAGACCCUGGUUCCUUCCACCGUGUCUGGUGAGACUGCUGGUACUUCAACUCUUACUAAUAGUGACGGAGUUGUCACUGGAAUUGAGGUGACUGAGACUGGUCCUCUGGCUCCAACCGAGACUCCCGAUGUCCUCACCACUGGCUCUAUUCCUGGUACUUCGACAUCUGUCGACGAGAAUGGAAGCACUCACAUCAUCGAGACUCUUGUCCCCACGACAGUCUCCGGCGAGACUGCUGGUACUUCAACUCUCACCAACAGUGACGGUGUUGUCACAGGAAUCGAAGUCACCGAGACUGGACCUCUGACUCCAACUCAGACUCCCGAUGUUGUCACCACUGGCUCCAUUCCCGGCACUUCGACAUCUGUCGACGAGAAUGGAAGCACUCACGUGAUUGAGACUCUGGUCCCCUCAACAGUCUCCGGCGAGACUGCUGGCACCUCAACUCUUACCAAUAGUGACGGAGUUGUUACCGGAGUUGAAGUCACCCAGACUGGACCUGUGACUCCUACUAAGACUCCCGAUGUCGUCACCACUGGUUCUAUUCCCGGCACUUCGACAUCUGUUGACGAGAACGGCAGCACUCACAUCAUCGAAACUCUUGUCCCCACGACAGUCUCCGGCGAGACUGCUGGUACUUCAACUCUCACCAACAGUGACGGAAUCGUCACUGGAAUUGAGGUGACUGAGACUGGACCUCUGACUCCAACUCAGACUCCCGAUGUUGUCACCACUGGCUCCAUUCCCGGCACCUCGACAUCUGUCGACGAGAAUGGAAGCACUCACGUGAUUGAGACCCUGGUUCCUUCUACAGUCUCAGGAGGGACUGCUGGUACUUCAAGUCUUACCAACAGUGACGGAGUUGUCACCGGAAUUGAGGUGACUGAGACUGGACCUAAGACUCCAACUCAGACUCCCGAUGUUGUCACUACUGGCUCCAUUCCUGGUACUUCGACAUCUGUUGACGAGAAUGGAAGCACUCACGUCAUCGAGACCCUAGUUCCCUCAACAGUCUCUGGCGAGACUGCUGGUACUUCAAGUCUUACCAACAGUGACGGAGUUGUCACCGGAAUCGAAGUCACCGAAACCGGUCCUCUGACUCCAACACAGACUCCCGACGUUAUCACCACUGGCUCUAUUCCUGGUACUUCGACAUCUGUCGAUGAGAAUGGAAGCACUCACGUGAUUGAGACCCUGGUUCCUACUACAGUCUCAGGAGAGACUGCUGGUACUUCAAGUCUUACCAACAGUGACGGAGUUGUCACUGGAAUUGAGGUGACUGAGACUGGACCUCUGACAGGAUCUCAGACUCCAACCCAGACUCCUGACAUCAUAACUACUGGAUCUGUACCCGGUACAUCGACAUCUGUUGACGAGAAUGGCAGCACCCACGUGAUCGAGACUCUGGUUCCCUCAACUGUCUCUGGCGAGACUGCUGGAACUUCCAGCCUCACCAACAGUGACGGAAUCGUCACUGGAGUUGAAGUGACUGAAACUGGACCUCUGACAGGAUCUCAGACUCCAACCCAGACUCCUGACAUCAUAACUACUGGAUCUGUACCCGGUACAUCGACAUCUGUUGACGAGAACGGCAGCACUCACGUGAUCGAGACCCUGGUUCCUUCAACAGUCUCCGGCGAGACUGCUGGCACCUCAACUCUUACCAACAGUGACGAAGUUGUUACCGGAGUUGAAGUCACCCAGACUGGACCUGUGACUCCAACUCAGACCCCCGAUGUCGUCACCACUGGACCCGUACCUGGUACAUCGACAUCUGUUGACGAGAAUGGCAGCACUCACGUGAUCGAGACCCUUGUCCCUACAACAGUCUCUGGCGAGACUGCUGGUACUUCAAGUCUUACCAACAGUGACGGAGUUGUCACUGGAAUUGAGGUGACUGAGACUGGUCCUCUGGCACCAACUCAGACUCCGGACGUUGUCACCACUGGACCUGUUCCCGGCACAUCGACAUCUGUUGACGAGAAUGGAAGCACCCACGUGAUUGAGACCCUGGUUCCUUCAACAGUCUCUGGCGAGACUGCUGGUACUUCAAGUCUUACCAACAGUGACGGAAUCGUCACUGGAAUUGAGGUGACUGAGACUGGAUCUCAGACUCCAACCCAGACUCCUGACAUCAUCACUACUGGAUCUGUACCCGGUACAUCGACAUCUGUUGACGAGAAUGGAAGCACCCACGUGAUCGAGACUCUGGUCCCCUCAACAGUCUCCGGCGAGACUGCUGGCACCUCAACUCUUACCAACAGUGACGAAGUUGUUACCGGAGUUGAAGUCACCCAGACUGGACCUGUGACUCCAACUCAGACCCCCGAUGUCGUCACCACUGGACCCGUACCUGGUACAUCGACAUCUGUUGACGAGAAUGGCAGCACUCACGUGAUCGAGACCCUUGUCCCUACAACAGUCUCUGGCGAGACUGCUGGUACUUCAAGUCUUACCAACAGUGACGGAGUUGUCACUGGAAUUGAGGUGACUGAGACUGGUCCUCUGGCACCAACUCAGACUCCGGACGUUGUCACCACUGGACCUGUUCCCGGCACAUCGACAUCUGUUGACGAGAAUGGAAGCACCCACGUGAUUGAGACCCUGGUUCCUUCAACAGUCUCUGGCGAGACUGCUGGUACUUCAAGUCUUACCAACAGUGACGGAAUCGUCACUGGAAUUGAGGUGACUGAGACUGGAUCUCAGACUCCAACCCAGACUCCUGACAUCAUCACUACUGGAUCUGUACCCGGUACAUCGACAUCUGUUGACGAGAAUGGAAGCACCCACGUGAUCGAGACUCUGGUCCCCUCAACAGUCUCCGGCGAGACUGCUGGCACCUCAACUCUUACCAACAGUGACGAAGUUGUUACCGGAGUUGAAGUCACCCAGACUGGACCUGUGACUCCAACUCAGACCCCCGAUGUCGUCACCACUGGACCCGUACCUGGUACAUCGACAUCUGUUGACGAGAAUGGCAGCACUCACGUGAUCGAGACCCUUGUCCCUACAACAGUCUCUGGCGAGACUGCUGGUACUUCAAGUCUUACCAACAGUGACGGAGUUGUCACUGGAAUUGAGGUGACUGAGACUGGUCCUCUGGCACCAACUCAGACUCCCAAUGUCGUCACCACUGGCUCUGUACCUGGUACAUCGACAUCUGUUGACGAGAAUGGCAGCACCCACGUGAUCGAGACCCUGGUCCCCUCAACAGUCUCCGGAGAGACAGCUGGCACCUCUAGUUUGACAAACAGCGACGGAAUCGUCACUGGAGUUGAAGUGACUGAGACUGGUCCUCUGACUGGAUCUCAGACCCGCGACGUUGUUGUCACGACCGGUUCCAUUCCUGGUACAUCAACAUCAGUUGACGAGAACGGCAGCACUCACGUGAUCGAGACUCUGGUUCCCUCAACAGUGUCUGGCGAGACUGCUGGUACUUCAACUCUUACUAACAGUGACGGAGUCGUCACUGGAAUUGAGGUGACUCAGACUGGUCCUCUGGCACCAACUCAGACUCCCGACGUUAUCACCACUGGCUCCAUUCCCGGCACAUCAACAUCUGUCGACGAGAAUGGCAGCACUCACGUCGUCGAGACCCUGGUUCCUUCGACUGUUUCUGGCGAGUCUGCUGGUACUUCAAGUCUUACUAACAGUGACGGAAUCGUCACCGGAGUUGAAGUCACUGAGACUGGACCUCUGACUGCACCUCAGACUCCCGAUGUCAUCACCACUGGCUCUGUACCUGGCACUUCGACAUCUGUCGAUGAGAAUGGAAGCACUCACGUCAUAGAAACCCUGGUUCCUACUACAGUCUCCGGCGAGACUGCUGGUACUUCAAGUCUUACCAACAGUGACGGAAUCGUCACUGGAAUCGAAGUCACAGAAACCGGUCCUCUGGCUCCUACUCAGACUCCCGAUGUCGUCACCACUGGAUCUAUUCCCGGCACUUCGACGUCUGUCGACGAGAAUGGAAGCACCCACGUGAUCGAGACCCUGGUUCCUUCUACAGUCUCUGGUGAGACUGCUGGUACUUUAAGUCUUACUAACAGUGACGGAGUUGUCACUGGAAUUGAGGUGACUGAGACUGGUCCUCUGGGACCAACUCAGACUCCCGACGUUAUCACCACUGGCUCUAUUCCCGGCACUUCGACAUCUGUCGACGAGAAUGGAAGCACUCACGUGAUUGAGACCCUGGUUCCUACUACAAUCUCUGGCGAGACUGCUGGUACUUCAAGUCUUACUAACGGUGACGGAAUCGUCACUGGAGUUGAGGUGACUGAGACUGGUCCUCUGACAGGAUCUCAGACUCCGACCCAGACUCCUGACAUCAUAACUACUGGUUCUAUUCCCGGCACUUCGACAUCUGUUGACGAGAACGGCAGCACUCACAUCAUCGAAACUCUUGUCCCCACGACAGUCUCCGGCGAGACUGCUGGUACUUCAACUCUCACCAACAGUGACGGAAUCGUCACUGGAAUUGAGGUGACUGAGACUGGACCUCUGACUCCAACUCAGACUCCCGAUGUUGUCACCACUGGCUCCAUUCCCGGCACCUCGACAUCUGUCGACGAGAAUGGAAGCACCCACGUGAUCGAGACCCUGGUCCCCUCAACAGUGUCCGGAGAGACAGCUGGCACCUCUAGUUUGACAAACAGCGACGGAAUCGUCACUGGAGUUGAGGUCACCGAAACUGGACCUGUGACUCCUACUCAGACUCCCGACGUUAUCACCACUGGACCUGUACCCGGAACAUCAACAUCUGUCGAUGAGAACGGUAGUACUCACGUGAUCGAGACCCUGGUUCCUACUACAGUCUCUGGUGAGACUGCUGGUACUUCAAGUCUUACCAACAGUGACGGAAUCGUCACUGGAAUUGAGGUGACUGAGACUGGACCUUUGGCUCCAACCGAGACUCCAGACGUCAUCACCACUGGUUCCAUUCCCGGCACUUCGACAUCUGUCGACGAGAAUGGAAGCACCCACGUGAUUGAGACCCUGGUUCCUACUACAGUCUCCGGUGAGACUGCUGGUACCUCAAGUCUUACCAACAGUGACGGAAUCGUCACUGGAAUUGAAGUCACCAAAACCGGUCCUCUGACUCCAACACAGACUCCCGAUGUCCUCACCACUGGCUCUAUUCCAGGUACUUCCACAUCUGUCGACGAGAAUGGAAGCACUCACAUCAUCGAGACUCUGGUUCCUACUACAGUCUCCGGCGAGACUGCUGGCACGUCUAGUUUAACAAACUCAGAUGGAAUCGUCACAGGAAUCGAAGUCACCGAGACUGGACCUCUGACUCCAACACAGACUCCCGAUGUCGUGACCACUGGCUCUAUUCCUGGUACUUCGACGUCGGUCGAUGAAAAUGGUAGCACUCACGUGGUUGAGACCCUGGUUCCGACUACAGUCUCUGGUGAGACUGCUGGUACUUCAAGUCUUACUAACAGUGACGGAGUUGUCACUGGAAUUGAGGUGACUGAGACUGGUCCUCAAACUCCAACUCAGACUCCCGAUGUCGUCACCACAGGCUCUAUUCCUGGUACUUCGACAUCUGUUGACGAGAAUGGCAGCACCCACGUGAUCGAGACUCUGGUUCCCUCAACUGUCUCUGGCGAGACUGCUGGAACUUCCAGCCUCACCAACAGUGACGGAAUCGUCACUGGAGUUGAAGUGACUGAGACUGGACCUCUGGCACCAACUCAGACUCCUGACAUCAUCACCACUGGAUCUGUACCCGGUACAUCGACAUCUGUUGACGAGAAUGGCAGCACCCACGUGAUCGAGACCCUGGUUCCUACUACAGUCUCUGGCGAGACUGCUGGUACUUCAAGUCUUACCAACAGUGAUGGAGUUGUCACCGGAGUUGAAGUCACCCAGACUGGGCCUGUGACUCCUACUCAGACUCCCGACGUUAUCACCACUGGACCUGUACCCGGCACAUCAACAUCUGUUGAUGAGAACGGUAGUACUCACGUCAUCGAGACCCUGGUUCCUUCAACAGUCUCUGGCGAGACUGCUGGUACUUCAAGUCUUACCAACAGUGACGGAAUCGUCACUGGAGUUGAAGUGACUGAAACUGGACCUCUGACAGGAUCUCAGACUCCAACCCAGACUCCUGACAUCAUAACUACUGGAUCUGUACCCGGUACAUCGACAUCUGUUGACGAGAAUGGCAGCACCCACGUGAUCGAGACCCUGGUCCCUACAACAGUCUCUGGCGAGACUGCUGGUACUUCAAGUCUUACCAACAGUGACGGAAUCGUCACUGGAGUUGAAGUGACUGAGACUGGACCUCUGACAGGAUCUCAGACUCCAACCCAGACUCCUGACAUCAUCACUACUGGAUCUGUACCCGGUACAUCGACAUCUGUUGACGAGAACGGCAGCACCCACGUGAUCGAGACCCUGGUCCCCUCAACUGUCUCUGGAGCGACUGCUGGUACUUCAAGUCUUACUAACAGUGACGGAGUCGUCACUGGAGUUAAAGUGACUGAGACUGGACCUCUGACAGGAUCUCAGACUCCAACCCAGACUCCUGACAUCAUCACUACUGGACCUGUACCCGGUACAUCGACAUCUGUUGACGAGAACGGCAGCACCCACGUGAUCGAGACCCUGGUCCCCUCAACUGUCUCUGGAGAGACUGCUGGUACCUCAAGUCUUACCAACAGUGACGGAGUUGUCACCGGAGUUGAAGUCACCCAGACUGGACCUCUGACUCCUACUCAGACUCCCGACGUUAUCACCACUGGACCUGUACCCGGCACUUCGACGUCUGUUGACGAGAACGGCAGCACCCACGUGAUUGAGACCCUGGUUCCUACUACAGUCUCUGGAGAGACUGCUGGUACUUCAAGUCUUACCAACAGUGACGGAGUUGUCACCGGAGUUGAAGUCACCCAGACUGGACCUCUGACUCCUACUCAGACUCCCGACGUUAUCACCACUGGACCUGUUCCCGGCACAUCGACAUCUGUUGACGAGAACGGCAGCACCCACGUGAUCGAGACCCUGGUCCCCUCAACAGUCUCCGGAGAGACUGCUGGCACGUCUAGUUUGACAAACAGCGACGGAAUCGUCACUGGAGUUGAAGUCACCCAGACUGGACCUCUGGCAACUCAGACUCCCGACGUUAUCACCACUGGACCGGUACCCGGCACAUCAACAUCUGUCGAUGAGAAUGGAAGCACUCACGUGAUCGAGACCCUGGUCCCCUCAACAGUCUCCGGCGAGACUGCUGGCACCUCAACUCUUACCAACAGUGACGGAGUUGUUACCGGAGUUGAAGUCACCCAGACUGGACCUCUGACUCCAACUCAGACCCCCGAUGUCGUCACCACUGGACCUGUUCCCGGCACAUCAACAUCUGUGGACGAGAAUGGCAGCACCCACGUGAUCGAGACCCUGGUUCCUACUACAGUCUCUGGCGAGACUGCUGGUACUUCAAGUCUUACCAACAGUGACGGAGUCGUCACUGGAAUUGAAGUCACAGAAACCGGUCCUCUGGCUCCUACUCAGACUCCCGAUGUCGUCACCACUGGCUCUAUUCCCGGCACAUCAACAUCUGUCGAUGAGAACGGUAGUACUCACGUCAUCGAGACCCUGGUUCCUACUACAGUCUCUGGUGAGACUGCUGGUACUUCAAGUCUUACCAACAGUGACGGAAUCGUCACUGGAAUUGAGGUGACUGAGACUGGACCUUUGGCUCCAACCGAGACUCCAGACGUCAUCACCACUGGUUCCAUUCCCGGCACUUCGACAUCUGUCGACGAGAAUGGAAGCACCCACGUGAUCGAGACCCUGGUCCCCUCAACAGUCUCCGGAGAGACUGCUGGCACGUCUAGUUUGACAAACAGCGACGGAAUCGUCACUGGAGUUGAAGUCACCCAGACUGGACCUCUGACUCCAACUCAGACUCCCGACGUUGUCACCACUGGACCUGUACCCGGAACAUCAACAUUUGUCGAUGAGAACGGUAGUACUCACGUCAUCGAGACCCUGGUUCCUUCCACUGUUUCUGGCGAGACUGCUGGUACCUCAAGUCUCACCAAUAGCGAUGGAAUUGUUACCGGAAUUGAAGUCACUGAGACUAACCCUCAGACUCCCGACGUCGUUACCACUGGUCCCAUUCCUGGUAGAUCGACAUCUGUUGACGAGAAUGGUAGCACACACGUGAUCGAGACUCUUGUUCCUUCGACACUUUCUGGCGAGACCGCUGGUACGUUAACUCUCACCAACGGCGACGGCGUUGUCACUGGAGUUGUUGUCACUGUAGCAUCCACACCCGUGAAACCGGACGUGGUUGAGACUGGUCCUGUGGCUGGCACAUCAACUAUUGACGAUGGUAAUGGACACACCAGUGUGGUUGUGACUCUGGUACCUUCCACCACCUUCGGCGAUGUGCCUGGCACCUCAAGUCUUACCAACAGUGACGGAAUCGUCACUGGAGUUGUCGUUACUGAUACCAUGGACCACACACCUGACAUUGUAACCACUGGAUCUGUUCCCGGCUUCGCCACGUCUGUUGAUGUUGAUGGUAGUACCCACUAUGUCCUGACUGUGGUUCCAUCGACAGUCACUGGUGAUACACCUGGUACUCUGAGUGUUCCUGAUGAUCGAGGCGUUAUCACUGGCGUAGUUGUCACUGUGACGCCAACCAAGCCUGAUUUUGUGACUACCGGCUCUAUUCCUGGUACUUCAACAUCUAUCGAUGGUGAAGGAAGUACCCAUUUGAUUGUCACUUUGGUUCCUUCGACUGUUUCAGGCGAAACCGCUGGUACCUCGAGUCUGACAAACAGUGAUGGAAUUGUGACUGGAAUCGAAGUCACCCAAACCACUGCACAGACUCCUGACAUUGUUACUACUGGAUCUGUUCCCGGCACCACGACAUCCACCGAUGACGUUGGAGGCUCGCAUGUGAUUGUUACCGUUGUCCCUAAGACCGUGACAGGAGAUACCGCCGGAACUUCAAGCCUCACCAAUUCGGAUGGUGUUAUCACUGGUGUCGAGGUUACAGAGACCUCCAGCCACAAGCCCGACGUUGUAACGACAGGACCUGUUGCUGGCACCACCACGUACACAGAUGUUGACGGCAACACCCAGAUCAUUGCUACCGUCGUACCCAGUACGCUGACCGGCGAUGUUCCGGGUACUUCUAGCGUCACCAACUCGGACGGCAUUGUGACAGGCGUCGAAGUCACCGAAACCUCUCCUGUGAAACCUGACUAUGUCACGACUGGUUCCGUCCCUGGAACCUCCACUUCUCGAGACGACGAUGGCAACACACAUGUGAUUGUGACUGUCGUACCUAGCACCACGUUUGGAGAUGUUCCUGGAACAUCCAGUCUCACAAACUCCGACGGUGUCGUCACCGGCGUGGAGGUUACUCAAACCACUGACCAUAAGCCCGAUGUCGUCACCACUGGAUCUGAACCUGGUUUCUCUACCUCCGUUGACGACGACGGCAGCACUCAUUAUGUUCUCACUGUCGUUCCAUCUACCGUCACCGGUGAUACGCCCGGAACUACAAGCCUGACCAACAGCGAUGGCGUUGUCACCGGAGUUGAAGUCACUCAAUCAUCUCGACAUACCCCCGAUCUUGUGACCACUGGCGAAUCAGCAGGAACCACAACUUUCACAGACGACAACCAUAACACUCACGUGGUUGUUACGGUUGUUCCCAGUACUGUAACAGGCGAUGUUGCCGGAACCUCUAGUAUUGUCGACGAUGAUGGAGUUGUGACGGGAGUUGUGAUUACUAAGACGACAGAACCUUAUGCCAUCACUACUGGACCCGUGCCUGGAAUUUCAACCUCGACUGAUAGCGAUGGAAACACUCAUUAUAUUGAAACCCUGGUGCCUACAACACUCACUGGAGACGUUGCAGGCACGACAAGUCUCACCGACAGCGACGGACAUGUCACCCAAGUCCUAGUCACCGAGACACCUACCGGUGGAUCUGGCCUAGGAGGAGAUCAACCAACAUCUGUGGUUACGGGCCCUACUGCGGGUACUGUCACCACUAUUGAUGAGGCAGGAAGCACUCACUACGAAGUCACAGUUGUCCCCACUACUGUGACUGGCAGUGUUCCUGGAACCUUGAGUAUUCCCAAUGACAAUGGAGUUAUCACCGGCGUGAUCGUGACUGUGACACCUACAAAGCCCGAUAUCGUUACUACGGGAUCUGUGGCAGGUACUACCACUGUCGAUGAUGGUAAUGGACAAACAAGUGUUAUCGUUACACUUGUGCCCUCUACGACUUUCGGUGAUAUUCCUGGCACAUCCAGUUUUGUGGAUGAUGACGGAAUCGUUACUGGAGUUGUGGUUACUGAAACUAUGGAUCAUACACCCGACGUUGUGACCACUGGUUCAGUACCUGGAUUCGCUACGUCUGUUGACGUAGAUGGAUCUACCCACUAUGUUCUCACUGUUGUUCCUUCCACUGUCACCGGUGAUACACCUGGCACUCUGAGUGUACCUGAUGAUCGAGGAGUUAUUACUGGCGUUGUUGUCACCGUGACACCAGCGAAACCUGAUGUUGUCGAGACCGGUCCUGUGGCCGGUACGUCAACUGUUGACGACGGUAAUGGACACACAAGCGUUGUUGUAACAGUUGUUCCUUCAACAGCCACCGGUGAUGUCCCCGGUACAUCCAGCAUCCUUGAUGAUGAUGGAAUCGUCACUGGAGUUGUUGUAACCGUGACUCCCACACCUGUGAAACCCGACGUGGUUGAGACUGGUCCUGUGGCAGGCACAUCAACUAUCGACGAUGGUAAUGGACAUACAAGUGUCAUUGUGACUCUGGUACCCUCCACCACCUUCGGUGAUGUGCCUGGCACCUCGAGUCUUACCAACAGUGAUGGAAUCGUCACUGGAGUUGUGGUUACCGAUACCAUGGAUCAUACACCCGACGUUGUUACCACUGGAUCGGUUCCUGGAUUCGCUACGUCUGUUGAUGUAGAUGGAUCUACCCACUAUGUCCUGACUGUGGUUCCUUCCACUGUCACCGGCGAUACACCAGGCACUCUGAGUGUACCUGAUGAUCGAGGAGUUGUCACUGGCGUUGUUGUCACCGUGACACCAGCGAAGCCAGACGUUGUUGAGACUGGUCCUGUUCCUGGUACGACCACUAUUGACGACGGUAAUGGACACACAAGCGUUGUUGUAACAGUUGUUCCUUCAACAGCCACUGGUGAUGUCCCCGGUACAUCCAGCAUCCUUGAUGAUGAUGGAAUCGUCACUGGAGUUGUUGUAACCGUGACUCCCACACCUGUGAAACCCGACGUGGUUGAGACUGGUCCUGUGGCAGGCACAUCAACUAUCGACGAUGGUAAUGGACAUACAAGUGUCAUUGUGACUCUGGUACCCUCCACCACCUUCGGUGAUGUGCCUGGCACCUCAAGCCUUACCAACAGUGACGGAAUCGUCACUGGAGUUGUGGUUACCGAUACCAUGGACCAUACACCCGACGUUGUGACCACUGGAUCGGUUCCUGGAUUCGCUACAUCUGUUGAUGUAGAUGGAUCUACCCACUAUGUCCUGACUGUGGUUCCUUCCACUGUCACCGGCGAUACACCAGGCACUCUGAGUGUACCUGAUGAUCGAGGAGUUGUCACUGGAGUUGUUGUCACCGUGACACCCACGCCCGUGAAACCUGAUGUUGUCGAGACUGGUCCUGUGGCCGGUACGUCAACUGUUGAUGAUGGCAAUGGACAUACAAGCGUCAUUGUGACUCUUGUUCCUUCUACUGCCACUGGUGAUGUCCCCGGUACCUCAAGUCUUACCAACAGUGACGGAAUCGUCACCGGAGUUGUGGUCACCGUGACACCCACGCCCGUGAAACCUGAUGUUGUCGAGACUGGUCCUGUGGCCGGUACGUCAACUAUAGACGAUGGUAAUGGACACACCAGUGUCAUUGUGACUCUGGUACCCUCCACCACCUUCGGUGAUGUCCCUGGCACCUCAAGUCUCACCAACAGUGACGGAAUCGUCACUGAAGUUGUGGUUACCGAUACCAUGGAUCAUACACCCGAUGUUGUUACCACUGGAUCUGUUCCUGGAUUCGCUACAUCUGUUGAUGUAGAUGGAUCUACCCACUACGUCCUAACCGUGGUUCCUUCCACUGUCACCGGUGAUACACCUGGUACCCUGAGUGUACCUGAUGAUCGAGGAGUUGUCACUGGCGUUGUUGUCACCGUGACACCAGCGAAGCCAGACGUUGUUGAGACUGGUCCUGUUCCUGGUACGACCACUAUUGACGACGGUAAUGGACACACAAGCGUUGUUGUAACAGUUGUUCCUUCAACAGCCACUGGAGACGUUCCUGGUACAUCUAGCAUUCUUGAUGAUGAUGGAAUCGUUACUGGAGUUGUCGUCACUGUGACGCCGACGCCCGUGAAGCCUGAUGUCGUCGAGACUGGUCCUGUGGCAGGCACGUCAACUAUCGACGACGGUAAUGGACACACCAGUGUCAUUGUGACUCUGGUACCCUCCACCACCUUCGGUGAUGUGCCUGGCACCUCGAGUCUUACCAACAGUGACGGAAUCGUCACUGGAGUUGUGGUUACUGAAACUAUGGAUCAUACACCCGACGUUGUGACCACUGGUUCAGUACCUGGAUUCGCUACGUCUGUUGACGUAGAUGGAUCUACCCACUAUGUCCUGACUGUGGUUCCUUCCACUGUCACCGGCGAUACACCAGGCACUCUGAGUGUACCUGAUGAUCGAGGAGUUAUUACUGGCGUUGUUGUCACCGUGACACCAGCGAAACCUGAUGUUGUCGAGACCGGUCCUGUGGCCGGUACGUCAACUGUUGAUGAUGGCAAUGGACAUACAAGCGUCAUUGUGACUCUUGUUCCUUCUACUGCCACUGGUGAUGUACCCGGUACCUCGAGUCUAACCAACAGUGACGGAAUCGUCACUGGAGUUGUUGUCACCUUGACACCCACACCCGUGAAGCCUGAUGUUGUCGAGACUGGCUCCGUACCUGGUACGACCACUAUCGACGAUGGUAAUGGACAUACAAGUGUCAUUGUGACUCUGGUACCCUCCACCACCUUCGGUGAUGUGCCCGGCACCUCAAGCCUUACCAACAGUGAUGGAAUCGUCACUGGAGUUGUGGUUACCGAUACCAUGGACCAUACACCCGACGUUGUUACCACUGGAUCGGUUCCUGGAUUCGCUACAUCUGUUGACGUAGAUGGAUCUACGCACUAUGUGCUUACUGUUGUUCCUUCCACUGUCACCGGUGAUACACCUGGUACCCUGAGUGUACCUGAUGAUCGAGGAGUUGUUACUGGCGUGGUUGUGACCGUUACACCCACGCCCGUGAAACCCGACGUUGUCGAGACAGGCCCCGUGGCAGGCACGUCAACCAUCGACGAUGGUAAUGGACAUACAAGCGUUGUUGUGACUCUUGUUCCCUCCACCACCUUCGGUGAUGUCCCUGGCACCUCAAGUCUCACCAACAGUGACGGAAUCGUCACUGGAGUUGUGGUUACCGAUACCAUGGAUCAUACACCCGACGUUGUGACCACUGGAUCGGUUCCUGGAUUUGCUACGUCUGUUGAUGUAGAUGGAUCUACCCACUAUGUUCUCACUGUUGUUCCUUCCACUGUCACUGGAGACACACCUGGUACCCUGAGUGUUCCUGAUGAUCGAGGAGUUGUUACUGGCGUGGUUGUGACCGUUACACCCACGCCCGUGAAGCCUGAUGUUGUCGUGACUGGAUCUGUUCCUGGUACAACCACUAUCGACGAUGGUAAUGGACAUACCAGCGUCAUUGUGACUCUUGUUCCUUCUACUGCCACUGGUGAUGUCCCCGGUACCUCGAGUCUUACCAACAGUGACGGAAUCGUCACCGGAGUUGUGGUCACCGUGACACCCACACCCGUGAAGCCUGAUGUUGUCGAGACUGGUCCUGUGGCCGGUACGUCAACUAUAGACGAUGGUAAUGGACACACCAGUGUCAUUGUGACUCUGGUACCUUCCACCACCUUCGGUGAUGUGCCCGGCACCUCGAGUCUUACCAACAGUGACGGAAUCGUCACUGGAGUUGUGGUCACUGAUACUAUGGAUCAUACACCCGAUGUUGUUACCACUGGAUCUGUUCCUGGAUUCGCUACAUCUGUUGAUGUAGAUGGAUCUACCCACUAUGUCCUAACCGUGGUUCCUUCCACUGUCACCGGCGAUACACCAGGCACUCUGAGUAUACCCGAUGAUCGAGGCGUUGUCACUGGUGUAAUUGUAACUGUGGCACCUUCACCGAAGCCAAGUGUUACUACUGGACCUGUGGCCGGUUCGACCACAAUUGGUGAUGACAACGGACAGUCCCAUGUUGUCGUGACUGUCGUGCCGACGACAGUCACUGGUGAUGUCGCUGGCACUUCAAGUGUGCAGAAUGGCGAUGGAGUCGUCACAGGCGUCAUCGUUACAGAUACCUCGCAGGGCGGAGGUAACCAAGGAGGAGGCUUAGGAGGAGAAGAGGAAACGGAUGUUGUGACUGGCUCCCUACCUGGCACCGUCACCACCAAGAACGACGCAGGAAGCACCUUCUAUGUAGUUACAGUGGUACCAUCUACCGUAACAGGUGAAUCUCCUGGCACGUCCAGCCUCUCCAACACUCAUGGCGAUGUGACAGCAGUUAUUGUUACUGUGACAUCAUCUGUGAAGCCCGAUGUCGUAACGACAGGCCCUAUUCCGGGUACAACAACCAUCGACGACGGAGAUGGAAGUUCUCGAGUUGUCGUCACCGUAAUUCCCACGACGGCGAGUGGUGACACUCCCGGUACGUCGAGUGUCACAAACGAUGAUGGCGUCGUCACUGGCGUCAUAGUCACCCAGACCUCUGCGCCAUCGCUUCCCACUUUCACCACUGGUUCGACUGCUGGAACUUCAACGUCAACAGACGACUCAGGAAACACCCACAUUAUUGUGACUGUGGUUCCCAGUACCGUGACGGGUAUCGUUCCUGGCACAUCAACUUUGGCCGAUGAUAGUGGCGUUGUCACUGGUGUAAUCGUUACCACGGCUUCCUCCAUCUUCCAGCCCGACGUUGUGGUCACAGGUUCCACUCCUGGCGUGUCUGUCUCUACCAAUCCUCAAGGCAGCACUGUAAUCAUCGAAACCUUAGUGCCAACGACAGUAACGGGAGACGAGGAAGGAACAUCAAGCCUUACCAACAGCAACGGAGUUGUUACGGAUGUUAUUGUCACAGUGCUACCAACAGUUACGACAACAGAAUCUGGAUCCGGUUUUGGCGACGAAGGCGAUGGAGCAGGAACAACAGUAGUGACUGGCUCCUCAGCAGGUACCUCCACGUUGACAGACGGAGGUGUCUCGCGUGUGAUUGUCACAGUGGUACCAACAACCUUGUCUGGUCCUGUUGGCGGCACCUCGACUCUCGUGGAUAACAAUGGCGUUCCAACAGGCGUCGAAGUAACCGUCGGUCCUCUGACAACCGGUUCUGGAUCUGGUUCGUUCCCUGACUCGGAACAUGGAGACUCUCAAGGUGUUCGAACACUGACAGACUCGCGUGGUUCUUCUUUUGUCAUCCAGACAUCAGAUCAGACUACUACAGUUGGACCGACCCCUGGUACGUCAGUUAUGACCGACAGCAAUGGAGUCCCCACUGGCGUUGUGGUCACUGUUCUGCCCUCAAGAAGCAGUCCAUUUAACCCCAUUGGAGGCGACGCGUCGUCACUUUCCGUUUCAUACCGAACCAGCACAGUUUCUCCUCUCGAAACUGCUGGACAUGGUAGCGGCUUUGGAUCCAACGAUGGCUCUUCAGAUUCUGGAUUCGGACAGCCUGACUCAGGAAGUGGAGGAAACGGAGGAAACGGAGGAAACGGAGGAAACGGAGGAAACGGAGGAAACGGAGGAAACGGAGGAAACGGAGGAAACGGAGGAAACGGAGAAAGCGGAGGAUCUGGACACGGUAACACAGGCUCAGACUCUGGAGUUGGCGGUGUUAAUGGACAAGGCGGAACUGGACAAGGUGGGGCUGGCUCUCACCCCGAUUCUGGUUCCAAUGGCGGAAAUGGGGAAUCUGGAUUCGGAGGAGCAGGCUCUGGCUCGAACCCAGACUCUGGCUCUCAACAAGGUGUUGGCGGAGGCGGCAGUGGAAAUGGUGCAGGAUUCGGAUCCGACGGAAGCCAGGAGACACCUGCGUUGUACUCCAGCUCUGGUUCAGGUCCUCUCCAGGCCAACAAUGCUCGCGGUCUCAAGCCCCAUCAAGGCUUUGUUCUGGGCUCACUGAUGGCAUUCGUCUUGCUUGUCAUGUAA